AUGGGCAUAAAGCUCAAACCCCCAGAAAUAGAAACACUCCUUCAUAAUCUUUACAACAAGGCAACCGGAGAAUCAGACAAUGGCAUCCCUGAAUGCAACUUAUACGGUGAAAAAGAGCCUUGGGAGAUAUGGGAGGCAUGCAACAAUGGCACCGGCAGCGGUGCCAACCAAAAAGAACUUUAUGUCUUCACAAAGGUGAAGAAGAAGACUCUCAACGGCUCACGUCUGGACCGGACGGUCGGAACAGGUGCGUGGAAAGGGGAGGACACCGGCAUCAAGAUAUACGGCAACGAGAGCGAUGAGGGGACUACGACGAGGCUUGUUGGAAUGAGAAAAAGGUUUCGGUAUGAGAGUAGGACGGUGCAUGAAGGGCGGUGGAUCAUGUACGAGUAUAGCCUUGAUGCCUCCACGCUCAUCCAUGCAAAAUUUCAAAAUUAUGUGCUUUGUCGAAUUAAAAAGAUGGAUGGAAUAUCAGAAAAGAAGAGGAAACUUGGACAAGAAGAAAACCAAGAGAUCAUAAAAGUGAACGAUGAUGAAAGUAGGGAUUCUGAACCUCAGCUGCAUAUUUGCAACAAAUCAAAGACGACGACAAAGCUCCAAAGGGAAGAAAACAACAACAAUGGCGGCAUACCAGCAACAGUACUGACGACGACAACAACAACAACAAAUCCUGAUGAUAAUACUAGGUUGCCAAUUAAUGGAGAUCAUUAUAUAAUUAUUGACUUGUCUGACUCUGAUGACGACAAACCCAAUAUUAUCGGAACUACGCCGGUGGAGAAACAACUCGAUUCACCGGAACCUCCCACUGGAGAAUUUCCUACAAUUCCAGGAAUAUUGGACCCAAAUUGUGCUGUUGACGAUGACCACACUGACUGGGCAAAAGCAUUCGCUAAGGAGUUAACGGGAGGUCAAGCACCCGUUAUGGAGGAGACAAAGAUUGAUGAUCAGAUGAUUCAGAUGUUGCCCAAUGAUGCCUAUUAUCUUGAGAAUUGCAAAUUAUUAUAUAAAUGA